AUGAGUCAGACCGAUAUAGUCGUGGAACAGCAAGUGGAGAUGGGCUCAACGGGCCAGGCCGACACAACUGAGAGUGAUCAUGUUUUGGCGGAUGCAUGGGGCCAGAUCAACUCGACAGCAGGACAGCAAACCGCUGAGGAUUCAUCUAGCAGAAAUAUGGCUGCUAGCAGGAAGAGGUGUCCAUCCGGGUACACUGGGCUACUGGCAGGUGAACCCAAGGCACAUCAGAGGAAGGAUGGUUUCCCCUCUACCUUACAUCGGAAAGGAGGAUGUCCUUCACAGGGCAUUAUCACCCAUUCCUAUUUCAGGACGCGCAAGGUAGCGGAGUGGAAUUUGGAUGGAUUUCUCACCUCCAUAGGACUCACGGAAGUAGCGUUUACAUCGAUACUGAAGGACAUGUCACGGAUCAAACGUUUGCCAUCUGGGAUUCAGAUUUUUGCGAAGAGGCUGGAAGACUACUAUGGCGGCGUCUUCCAAGAGGUCAUUGAAAUGGCGAAAAACAAUGUCCGCAAGAAUGUCACCGCGCGCGUUCAAAAUGAAAAAGAACAUCUACUGCUGUAG